GGCGCUUCGAUUCGAAUUCUGCGACGUCGGCAAGCAGAGUGCAGAAGAACUCGUCAGCAGUAUCACAACGACGCUGCCAUGAUGCCUCUUCGUCCUCAUCAUAACCUUCUUCCUCUCGGAACUGGUAGGCUACAAUGGCCUUGACAUGCUGAUGUACCCGGGCUUUCACCUCACCUUCGCUUCGAAACAUCACCUCUACUCUGAAAGGGGUGUUUUGCAGCUCAGAGGCGGCCAUGAACUCAGAUGGUACACUUGUGCCGCGAGCACCUGCGCUGCUCUCGGGCGCUGCAUUUGUUUCAUUGAGACAGCAGUUCAUAGUCGACGAUUUCCUGACGCCGGCGGCUCCAAGACAGGCAACCGGACCGUUAAUCGGGUACUGCUUCCAGAGUGAUCUCGUGUCCUCGAUU